GACACAUCCUGUCAGUUGCAGGCUCUGUCGUUCAUCUGUCGGCUCCAGGAGGGUGCAGGCUGCAAGGGUCUGGGCAUGUCUCCCCACUUGACCACUGUCCUGGCCCUUGCGCUCUGCCUGGGCCCGGUGCUCCAAGCACAGGAAGGGGUCCUGCCCAGACCCUCCAUCUGGGCGGAGCCGGGCUCUCUGAUCCCCCAGGGGCAGCCGGUGACCAUUGUUUGCCAGGGACCCGCGAAGGCUGAGACAUUCCGCCUGGAGAAGGAGGGAAAUGACCUACACCCAGAUGUGCGGAACCCACAGCAUGAGACGCAGGCCAGAUUCCCCAUCCCCGUGGCGAGUGAAGACACUGCUGGGCUCUAUCGCUGCCUCUAUCAUAACGGUGUCGCCUGGUCUAAACGCAGUGAGCCACUGCAGCUGAACGUGACAGGAGACCCACAGAUGCACUGGGAGGACAGUAACAGUCCCGGACUACUAUGCAUUGCAGAGAUUUUAUACCUAGGCCUGUCAACAGAGCAUGUUUCUGUCCUCACUGGGGUCUCUGUGACCUUGUUCCUUUGUGUCUUCCUCCUGGUCCUCAUCUUGCUCUAUUAUCAGCACCAGAAAAAACACAGCCCCCCCGGCAGCAAAGGUGAAGAGCAGAGGCCCCAGGAGAGGGUUAGCCCGGCUGUUGACAUCCUAGAGAGGACACCAGAUCUGGCCGCAGUCGACAGACUUCCUGAAAAGGACGGGGAAAUGCUUCGCACCCCAGACGAGGAUAGGGCAGAUCGCCAGCGGCUGGCCAUGUCCCGCAACCCCACGCGCUUCCUGGGCCUUGGUGACGAUUUUUGUCAGAUUCUGGUUUUCAGAGCAAACAAGCAAUCUGUGGAAAGGUUCAUCCUGAUGAAGGAAGGAGAACGCCAGACCUCCUGGAACCUGGACUCCCAGCCAGCCCCCAGUGGGGGGUCCCAGGCCCUGUUCCCUGUGGGCCCUGUGAACCCCAGCCCCAGGUGAACAUUCAGAUGCUAUGGUUAUUACAACAACACCCCCCAGAUAUGGUCGUACCCCAGUGACCCCCUGGAGCUGGUGGUAUCAGGUCACAAGUACCAGAGAAUUUUGAUCCAGGUCCCUGUGAUCUUCCUCGUUCUGCUCUUCCUUCCCCUCCUCUUCCUCCUUAUCCGACACCAGCACCAGAAAAAAUGCUGCGAGUCAGGUGCCUCACAGCCUGAAGUUGACAGAACCCUGCAGAAAAGGUCCAGCUCCGUGGCUCCUGUCCAGGAGGAGAAUCGGAGUAAAAAGGAGGGUCCUGAUGCUGAGGGGAGAGAGUCCCAGCCUGAGGAAGACAUACAGACGGACAGUCAGGCCGCAGCAUCUGAAGACCCCCAGGAUGUGACCUAUGCCCAGCUGAACAGCUUAAAUCUCGGACAGGGGACGAGUGCACCCCCUUCCUCCCAGUCAACGGAGCCCCCAGCAGAGCCCACCUCCCACACCCAAGAUUACACAGUGGAGAAUCUCAUCCGCAUGGGCAUGGCUGCAGUGAUCCUGGUGGUCCUCGGGAUUCUCCUCUUUCAGGCUUGGUACAGACUUUAUAAGCUGUCUGCACGGCUGAGGACCAUGGGAGGCAGCGCUGGGACCCUGACCCCCACUGCCCUUCUCUACCUUGGGCUGUGUCAGGGCCUGUGGGACCAGGCACGGACAGGGACCCUCCCCAAACCCUCCAUCUGGGCUGAUCCUGGCCCCAUGGUCACCAAGGGGAGCCCUGUGACCAUCUGGUGUCAGGCGUCUCUGCAGGCUGAUGUCUACUAUCUGUAUAAAGAGAGUGUCCAUGGAUCCUGGCCCAUGAAGACCUCACAGGAUUCCAGCAACAGGGCCAGUGUCUCCUUUGCAUCCAUGAGCUCACACAAUUCAGGGAAAUACCAGUGUGCAUAUCAGAGAGGGAAGAGCUGGUCACAGGGGAGUGACCUCCUGACCCUGGUGGUGACAGGAGUGUAUGAUGCACCCUCCUUCUCAGCCAACCCAACCCUUGUGGUGGCCUCGGGAGGGAAUGUGUCCCUCUCCUGUAGCUCACCGUGGCCACGGGGGUCAUUCCAUCUGCUGAAGGAGGGGGGAGCUGAUGUGCCCCAAUACCUGGAAUUGACGUUCCGUCGGAAGCGGUACCAGGCAGUCUUCCUUGUGGGCCCUGUGAACACCUCCCAUGGGGGGACCUACAGAUGCUACAUUUCUCCCGAAUCGUACCCAUAUUUGUGGUCACAGCCCAGUAACCCUCUGCACCUUCAGGUCACAGGUGUCUACAGGGAGCCCUCCCUCUCGGCCCAGCCGGGCCCCCUGGUGCAGUCUGGAGACAGCCUGAGCCUCCUGUGUCGCUCAGAGACUGGCUUUGACAGAUUCGCUCUGACCAAGGAUGAGGAGCUCAGAGCUCCCCAGUGUCUAGACGGGCAACCCAGCCCCAACUUCACCCUGGGCCCUGUGAGCCGCUCCCACGGGGGCCGAUACAGAUGCUACUGUGGACACAAGCUCUCCUCCACGUGGUCGGCACCCAGUGCCCCUCUGGACGUCCUGAUCACAGGAAUGUAUGAGAAACCGACCCUCUCAGCCCAGCCAGGGCCUUCAGUGUCCUGGGGAGAGAACGUGACUCUGCAGUGUCGCUCUGAGGUCUUGUUUGAUAGCUUCCACCUGUCCAAGGAGGGGUCCCUGGCUCCUCCCCAGGUCCUUUAUCUGCAGGACACAGUGAUACCUAACCAGGUCAAGUUCACCCUGAGUCCUGUGACCUCAGACCACGAGGGGACCUACAGGUGCUACAGCUCACACAGCAACUCUCCCUACCUGUUGUCACAGCCCAGUGACCCCCUGGAGCUCCUGGUCUCAGGUCCCCACUGGUACCUGUACGUCCUCAUCGGGGUCUCGGUGGCCGUCGUCCUGCUGCUCGGCCUCCUCGGCCUCCUCCUGGUCCGACAGCGGCGUCGGGGCAAAGGCAGGAAGCCAGGGGCUGCAGACCCAGAGCCCAAGGACAGAGGCCUGCAGGACAGCUCCAGCUCAGCUGCUGCUGCCCAAGAGGAGAGCCUCUCUGCCCUGUCUGAGAAACCUCAGGGGACCUUGCCUGAGGUACCCCCAUUCGCCCCAGCAGAUGCUGCCGUGCAAGACACUCAGCCUGAGGAGGGGGUGGAGCUGGACCAUCGGCAGAACACACGGGAUGAAGACCCCCAGGGAUUGACAUGUGCCCAGGCUGCGACAUCUCAUGCCCCUUCAGAUGUGACCUACGCCCAGCUGAACCGCUUGACCCUCCGACGAGAGACAAGUGCAUCCCCUCCCUCCCAACCAGGGGAGCCCCCAGCAGAGCCCAAUGUGUAUGCUGCUCUGGCCCUCCGCUAGCCCAGGAAGGACCCAGACCCCACACUCCAGGGAAGCGACCGCAGAGACCCUGGAAGGCACAGGAGCUGCCCACACUGGGCGCCACCUAAUGCCAGCCAACCUGGACUCCUCACGCAGACCAGUAGGAACUCCCGGGACCCUCUGGGAAUCACCUGAUUCUUCCAUCAAAGAUAGUACUAUCUCUAUACCUUGGAAAUCAAAGCAACGGACUUCUCAAUAAUUCAGGAAUGAAAUGAGAAAACCAAAAUGGAAAUGAGAGAAUGUUUACACUGAAGGACAAUGUAAAUGUUACACAUCAAACCUAUGAAAUGGGAAAAUUAAGAACCAAGUCAAUGAUCCAAGCCAUCAUACCAUGAAUUUAAAAAAAGAAUAGCAAAUUAUUCCAAAUGAAGGUAGAAGGAGGGAAAUACAGUGAUAAGAGAAGCUACUAAUGAGGUCAAACAAAAAAUAAAGAAGAAUCUAAAGCCCAAAAUGUUUAUUUUUGUAAAUAUUAAUCACAUGUAUAAAUCCUAGCCACGAUGGCCAAGGGACAGAGAGAGAGAGAGAGAGAGAGAGAGAAGGCCCACAUCCCAUCACAUCACCAUUCAGGACAGCAUCACAGCCUACAGACUUUAAAUCAAUAACAGAGUUUAUUAUGUUCAUUUUUAUUAGUUAUUAUUAUAUUAUGAACAAUUUUAUGCCAAAAUAUUAGAAAAUGUAGAUAAAACAAGACAAAAUCCUCAAAAAUACAGGUUACCAAAAUGACAGACAUAGGGAUAAAUAGAAAAUCUGAAUUGCUGUGUGUGUAAUAUAUGGUGAAUAUGCAUUAAAGUUUUUCCCACAGAGUGAACUGAA